AUGGGCGCUCCAGGUGCUUUACAAGUGGGGAUUUGCGGCGCUGGUGUUGCUGGACUGAGUGCCGCCAUCGCUCUGAGAAAGAUCGGUCACGACGUCGAGAUCUUCGAACGCUCUCAAUUCAAGAACGAAAAUGGCGCCGCCGUAUCUAUCCCGCCCAACGGUACCCGGGUUCUGGAGCAUUGGGGAUUUGACCCCGUCAAAGCCGGCGGGAUAGAGAAUAUUCAGGUCCGUCGGCCUAAGGGUGACACACUGGAACCCAUGGCCCCAACAUUGAACUUCUCCAAUGUGGAACAACUCUACGGCAACAAGUGGUACUUCUAUCACCGGGUCGACAUGCAUCGCCGCCUGAAGGAACAAGCCGAGGAAGCGGGUGCGAUCAUCAGGCUGGGGAACCAAGUGAUGGACGUGGACCCGGAGACUGGGAUCAUCUCUCUGAAGGGUGGAAUCAAAGUGCAAAAGGAUCUUGUCAUCAUCGCUGAUGGCCAACAUGAUCGCCUCAACGCGAAGAUUACCGGCAAGGAAGUUCCCAUGAAGAGGAGCGGCCAGACCGCAUAUCGGUGCCUCAUCCCCAUGAAGGACAUCCUGGCGGACGAGGAGACCAAAUUCCUGUUCGAGAACCAACCGCCCGGGUUCUGGGCCCCGGCCCUGCCAGCCAAGGGCGUCAUGGCCGUCACUUAUCCUUGCCGAGACAACGAAAUCCUCAAUGUCCUGGCCGUGCACCGGAGACUCGGCCAGCAUGCCACGAGUGAGGACGACGUGGUGAUCGAAGACUGGAACUUCCCCGCGACCCACGACGACCUGGAGAAAGUUCUCGACGGGUUCCAUCCGGCGGUCAAGAAGGUGUUUUUGAAGUCCCCCGAGGUGAAAGUCUACACCCAGAUGAAACGGGAUCCCCUGAGCAAGAUGACCAAGGGCAAGGCCGUCUUGAUUGGCGAUGCCUGCCACCCCAUGCUCUUGACCCACGCUCAGGGCGUCUCAUCCUCCAUCGAAGACGCUGCAGCCCUGGAGCUCUUCCUCGCCGACGUCCCUGCCUCCGGAGAUGUGACUGCCGCGCCGUCAGAGAAGCUGCUGCAGCGCCUGUCGCAGUUCGAAGCCUUCCGUCUGCCCCGAGUUUCCGCGACCCAGAUCCUGACGGACCCCGUUGUUCCGGGUCCUCAGGCCGCGGCCAACUAUGCGAAGCAAGAAGCCGAGAUCCGCAAAUACUAUUCCGGCCCUCUGCCACCCACGGGCGCAAUGCCGCACAGUCCACCGAUCUGCCAGUUCUUCUUCGGGUAUGAUGUCCGGAAAGAAGCCAUGAAGUUCCUCGCAGAGCUCAACGGCGAGAAACAGACGAACGGCGAGACCCCGGCAUCGGUGACUGCUGCUGCUGCUGCUGCUGCUGCUGCUGCUGCUCCAGCUCCGGCCCCAGCUCAACCGCUUGUCGAGGCGAGAUCCGUCACACCCCCCGUUGCUGCCCAAGAGACAACAACCACCGACCCCACCGCGAUGGAACUCAAGAUUAAGGACCUCGAGCGCCGACUGGCCGAGAUGGAGAGCAAACUGGCCGGCAUGAGUGUCCAAAUAUCGUUCCGGGAGGUCCAGCCCACGCCGCCCGAGUCGCCGCCGACCACGUUCGGGAGAUCGCCGUUCAUCGUGACCGCUCCUUGA